AUUUUUUUAUUUUACAGCUGUUUUUAUAACUUCAUACAUUUACUUUAUUUUUAUAUUUUUUCAGGAUUCGGUUUCGUACUUAUUUUAUACAAAAGGAAUGAAUUGGUUUAAAAACUAGUUUUUUUUAUCAUAACAUUUUAUUUUGUUCACCGAUGAAUUAGAAAAGCUCCAAGUAUAGAAGAUAUGAAGUCAUCAAGUGAACCGACCGUAUAGAAAUGGGCUUGAGUACUGAUGUAAAUCUGUUGGCCCAAAUAUUCCCACCGGUUAUUCAUUCGCCACCUUUACAGAAAUCAUCUGUUCACAGAAAUAACUUUUUCCCAAGAAAAGAAGAAAAUGAUUUCACCAAAUUGACCUUCGCCAUUUUCGUCGCUAUCUCCCCCCUCUCUCUCUCUCACACACUACUGUGUGCGUUACUCCCCUUCCCUCCCUCUCUCAGUCGGUGGGUUUUUUUUCGAAUUUUGUAUCUCAGUCUUCUCAAUUUCAAUCCUAUAUAAUCUGGAAGCAGUUUAAUACUUUACUUCAUUUCUUAAACAACUCAAGCCUAGGGUUUUCUCCAAGUAGCUCCUUCAUUCUUCAAUGGCGAUCACAGGCGCAGGUUUUAAGUGGUACGAUGGAUUCUUUCUAUCAAUGCUUGCGUUUAGCAUAAUAAUGGUCGGCUUGAGUUGGGACCAUUACCACCUUUGUAAAUUACCAUUGCACCUAUGGAUAUCGGUUGAUUAUGCCGCGGUCUUUGUUUUCCGCCUCUUGAUGUUCGUAGACAAUGCGAUUGCAGCUGAAGUGAGAUUGGAUUUUGGCAGACAGCUAAGAGGGCGUCAUUUUUUUGGAAGAAUUGUGGUUCUAUCUAUUCUGUAUGCAGUGCUCUACCCCUUUCUUUGGGCAUGGAGUGUUGUUGGGGCUGUUUGGUUUGCUGGAGCAAGAAACUGUUUACCUGAAAAAAACCAGAAAUGGGGAUUUCUUGUAUGGUUACUUUUUAGCUUCUGUGGACUCAUUUGCCUUGCGGGUAAUUUCGGUAAAAAGUGGUUAACAAGAAGGCAAGCUCAUUUGCGACGCGCUCCACAUGGGACUCGUAUCUCAGAAUAUAGGGUUUUGCUUAAUAUGAUUCGUCAACCCGAUUGGGUAUUUGAAACUGCUGGUCAAGAAAUGAGAGGCAUUGACCAAGAUGCCGCCCCAUAUAGUCCUGGACACGAUUUAUCCGAAUCACAGAGGACAGCGGUGGAAACAUCGAUUCAACGGCUUCCAGUUUUUAUCUUAAAAGCCGUCCCGACCGACUGCAGUGACUGCCCGAUCUGUUUGGAAGAGUUUCAUGUCGGGCAAGGGGUACGUGGGCUUCCUUGUGCGCAUAAUUUCCAUGUUGCAUGCAUCGAUAAAUGGCUUAGAGUAAAUAUGAAAUGCCCUAGAUGCCGGUGUUAUGUGUUUCCUAAUCUUAACCUAAGUAAUCCGUUGACUACCUCGGUUGACUCGGUGACUCAUCAUCAUGUUAGAAUCCAACCGUCUAGUUACCUUGUUAGAAUGCAGAGCUUUUUACAACCGGUUCGUGAAGAAGAUGGACAGCUGUUCACCUCCUCCAGCCCUAGCUCGAGUUCCUCAAGUGAGAGUCCGAAUCCUGCUGCUACUGGUUUUGAAUAUGUUGAAAAUGGAUCCGAGAUGUGUGAUCAUGUUCUUGCAAUGGGAGAACAUGUACAGUGACUGUUGUUGUUUAAGAUAGGAUGUAAAUCUUUUUUUUGGUUGGAUUUUAUAUGAGGUUUAGAACUACAUUGCUUGUUUUUGGUUACCUUUAAUGUAAUGGUUCCAAAAGCAUGUUGAUACUUCAAUGCUAGUAAUGGCAUAUAUAGACUUUUAUCAUGCAACCGUGUCGGGUUUUUAUUGUGUAAAUGCGGUUUUGAAAUCUUGAAUUUGCGCUAAUCUUUAUGUUGGAA